AUGGCAACAUCAAGUCGUACUGUCGAAAAAUUUUCAUGUGGAACGUCACGUUUUCUUUUACCCACGGUUCGCCGUCCAUGUUACCGUGAAAUAAUCGAAACGAAUAUUAAAUGUGAUCCAGAAAAUGAAACUUUUUCAAAAUGGACGAAAGAAGAUGGACAAUAUUAUCGUGUGAUUAAUACAGCUCUUCUGAGUGAUGAUUAUGAAAUAUUGAAAAACAAUGUACAAUUUAUCAAUAGUUUACGAAUGGCAAUUCGAAAUAAUAAUGAAAAAGAACCUAUUGAAGUUUAUCGUGGUUUAACUAUAGCAAGUGAACAUGUCAACCAAGAAUAUAAAGUAGGUUUACAAUUUUUAUGGCCAACAUUUACAAGUACAUCACGAAAUAGAGACGUUGCGCAUGGCUUCGGUAAUUAUAUAUUUGAAAUCGAUGCAUCAGCAGAUGAUUCGACGUAUCGCACUGAUAUUUCGAAAUAUUCUGACUAUCCAGAAGAACAAGAAGUUCUAUUUUAUCCAUAUAGUGGAUAUCUUGUUAAGAAUAUUAUGUAUGAUGGAAAAAUAAUUCAAUUAAAAUGUAUAGAUAGAUUGCAAGUUGAAUCAAGCUCUGCAAAACAAAUUUCAGAUGUCGUUAAAAUUUUUGAUUCAUCCAGAAAAAUAUUUGCUUAUUUUAAUAAAAAUAAUAACAGUGUUCAUUGGUGUUAUGCUGACAAACCAAAUAAAAAGUUUCUCAUUGCUGCUAACGGGAAUGGUUAUUGGGAUGCACCUUAUCGUUAUCAUCAUCGUAACGGAUAUUUUAUAGAUAAAGGACAUAAUAUAUGGGAAGAAUACCAGAAUGACAAACUUUAUUCGACAUUUACUAGAGUUGAAUCCGAUAAUAAUUAA